GUUAAUUAAACAGACUUUUAAUUAAUGUAAACAAAUUUAAUUUAUAUGUUUUGAAUAAAAUUAAUUUAAAGUUUAUUUUCUAUGAUACAUUUUUUUGGGGGAACAUAUUGAAAAAAAUGGACUCUACAAAUAUACCUAAAGCCGAAGAAUCAUGUGUCGUGUACCCCUGGGAACCUUGCUAUGACAAUGAGAUGCAAAUGAAAGCUUCAUUCGAGGACAACUAUCUUGACCAUUUAAGCAAUUUAAAAAUUGAAUCAAAUCCAUCACAAAAUACAUUAACUACUAUAGCUUGUGGUGUUUCACUUAACGUGACUAAAGGAUUAAUCGAAGAAUUUUGUGAAAGAGGUGUAUCUAUAGUAAUAUUUGAUUUUAGUGGUUUAUCAUUUGAACAAAGUCGAAAAAUGGUUUUCGAAAUUCGUCAGGGUGUUUUUAACUACAGUCUUAAAAAGAACAAUCAAGUGCCAUAUUCAAUGACAUUAGUACUUGAUCUUGGAGGAUCUUGUAUUACGACUGGAAGCAUAUUCCAUACAAAGCCUAUACAACGUUUAAUAGAAUUAUCGACAAACGCUCAUGUUUAUGUCACUAACGAUGUCGAAUACAAAUUUAAGUGUACAGAAGACCGUAUUUAUGUAAAUAGCGAUUUGAUUCUUCGGCUUAAAACUAAUGAUCGGAUUUAUUUAGACUAUGGAAAAAUUGAACUGGCCGUGAUCAGAGUCGACGAAGAUGAAGUGUAUUGUGUGAUAAAGCGAGGAGAAUUGUUGGGAUCUGAAAAAACAGUGCACAUUCCAAAAAUUCCUAUUGGCUCAACGACACUUUCUAAAUUGGAUGAGGAGAAAAUUCGUACAGCGAUCCAACUUAAAGUGGACGUUAUCUUGGUGCCUGGCGUAAGAAAUUCUGUCUUUUUUGACCAUGUUCGCAAGUUUGUCAACACAGAGCGAGGUGGGGACAUCAGCCUGUAUGCAAAAAUUGAUAAUACCGUCGGGCUGGAGAACUUUGAUGAUAUAUUACCAGUUGUAGAUGGCGUCUUUUUGAAUCGACCAAACUUAUCCAUGGAGGUUGGCCAUGACAAGAUAUUUCUGGCCCAGAAAAUUGUCUUAUCUAAAUGCAAUGUAGCUGGAAAACCAACCAUCACGUAUGGGGAAUAUCUUAAUUCCAUGGAAGUAAGUACAGUACCUACAAACGCUGAAGUUAAUGAUCUCAUAAAUACCGUAAUGGAUGGAACUGAUUGCAUUUAUCUGGACGUUACGAUGCGCAGUGAAAAUAAAUCACAUUGUAUUCAGUACGCAUCUUCACUGUGUCGGCAGGGCGAAGCAACCAUAUGGGAACAACAGUUAUUCACCGAACUCAAUAAAAAGUCCAAACCAAAAAUUGAUCCUGCAUAUGCGAUUAGCAUUGGGUGUGUAGAAGUAUCAUUUAAAUGUCAUGCAGCUGCAAUUAUUGUGAUCACCACGUCUGGUAUGUCAGCCCGAUUAAUAGCUAGAUACCGGCCUCGAUGUCCUAUAUUAGCGAUCGUCAGGCACGGAAAAUCUGCAAGAAAAUUGUCUGUGUGGCGUAAUGUUAUAGCCUUGCAGUACAUUGAUCCAAUAGAAAACAUUUGGUCUAAAGAAAUUGAAAAUCGUACAAGGUUUGCGAUGGAUUUUGGAAAAAGAAAGGGGAUAUUACAUCAGGGAGACUUGGUUUUACACAUGAGUUGCUCUAAACAAAACGCAGGUUUUGCUAACACUAUGAGCUUGUUCUACGUUAGUGCUGGAGACUUUGUAAACGCAUAAAAAUAUAUUUAAAAAUUUGAUAAAAAUAAAACGUUACAUUUUUAUUUUAUUA